AGUUCCACAAAAAAUAUAUAUAUAUAUAUAUUUGUGGGGGUGAAGAGUGUGUGUGUGGUUAUUUAAGACCAAGAAGUUAUUGUAAUUUUUCUGUGAACCACAAGACUGUUUAAAGACCUAAAGUUAUCGACACCUUUUGCCCCCCACCAUGCCUAGACCAGACGUCAUCUUUGCUGCUCUUUUUCUUCUUCUCGCCUUAAUUCAUGAGACCUGCAGUGCCAAAGACAAACAUUACUGUCCACCUUCUUCUUGUGGAAAUAUUUUGAAUAUUAGCUACCCUUUCAGACUAAACACAGAUUCGCCUCACUGUGGAGAGACUGGAUUUUCAGUAUAUUCUCUAUCCUGUGAGAAAAACCUUACAAUACUGCGUUAUAAAUCAGGAAAAUUCUACGUGAAAGCAAUCAAUUAUGACAAUCAAACAAUUCGAGUAGCUGACGCUAGUGUUAAGGAAGGGAGCUGCUCCAUACCUCAAUAUUCCCGGGACUUCGAAACGCCUUUUCGUUAUCAACCUGAAACGGUGGACAUUCUAUUCGUAAGUUGUGAAAAUCUUGUAAAUGCUCCGUAUUAUGUGGAAGCUCCUGCCUGCAUUAACGGCAGCACUUUCUUCACACCUUAUAGGCCUGAAUCUGAAGGCAAAAGGUAUUAUUAUGUGAAAAUUGGAAUCACAACUCCACAUGAGUUAAAACCUUCAUGCCGUAUUGAGCUAGGGACACUUAUACCAGCGGUACCAGGGACGAAUUACAAGAACCUCUCCUAUCCGGACAUCCAUCAUUGGUUAGCAUAUGGAAUUGAGUUGCGGUGGCGGAGCGCUUCAUGUGGAGGGAACAGUUAUUUUCAAAUUGAUGAGGAAAACCAUUGUGUUGUUUUUGUAUAUCAUGUGAACCCAGUUUUAGAAGCUCUCAACACAGAUUUAUCUCGGGUCAGUUACUCUGUAGAUGGUAAGUAACUCUAAUUCACAUCCUGUUCAAAUAUAUUAAAUAUAUGAAGAAUAAAAUCUUUAGUAGUAUCUAUGGAGGGUAGAGCCAACUCAACUCUCUUCCUUUCUCUUUCUUCUCUUCUUUUGUCUCUCUAAAAAUGAGUUUGAAUUUGUGAUGAUGUUACAAAGAAAACCUACCUCACAGAAUCUACUAGUUUUUCUUCAUGCAAUGAUAUAGAGAUUGAGUCAAUUAGUUUACUUGCAAAUGAAAAUCAAGUGGGAUGGUAGUGAAGAAGCUUGUAUUUGUAUUAGAUUAGCUUCCUUUAUAGCAUAACCAAGGCAAUGAGCUUGUUCUUGCACUAGUAUGUUUGGCAAAUUGGUAGUUAUGUAUAUUUUGAAGUGCAUGAACUAGUUCUAAUUAUUUUGCCUAUAACAUCAAUUGAAGAAUUCAAUAGAGUUAAUUUUUAUGU